GGUCAAACUGAUGACUACCUCCAUGCGCCGUCCAAGUGCGCGACUGCAUUCACAGUCUAGUCUAGUCGGCCAUCGUGUGUGCACGCGUACACCGGCCGGUAACUGUUUCCUGAAUUGAACGGCGCAGCCUGCACACAUCGCAUUCAAGACAGCAGUGUGACAGCUCGACGAGGCUCGGUUUCCGAACUGAAGGUGAAAUCUCUCUUUUCUUCCCCAAGAACAAGACAACAAUGGCCGCGCCAAGCGCUCUUAAUGUUGAUAUGUUGUCUGGCCAAGAUGUACCUGCUACGAGGGUGGAGCUAACAAUUUCUUGCAGAAAUUUGCUGGAUAUGGACACAUUUUCCAAGUCGGAUCCUUUAUGUGUCAUGUUCACUCAAGAAGUGGGACAAAAAAGUUUUCGAGAGUUUGGAAGAACAGAGGUGAUCUGGAACAAUCUCAAUCCAAAAUUUGUCAAGAAGUUUGUGAUUGAUUACUUCUUUGAGGAAAAGCAAAUCCUGAAAUUCGAGUUGUACGAUGUGGAUUCCAAAAGCCCUGACCUCUCGAAACAUGAUUACUUAGGCCAUGCAGUCUGCACUCUUGGUGAGAUCAUGGGAUCGAGAGGGUGCAAAUUCACAAAGUUUCUCAGUGGACCAGCUAAGGAUUCUGGGUCAAUUACCAUCAAAGGCGAAGAGCUCAGCGAUUGUCGGGAUCUGAUAACGUUGCAGUUCAAAGGGGACAAGUUGGACAAGAAAGAUUUCAUCGGCAAAUCAGAUCCCUUCUUAGUCUUCCACAGAUGCAACGAAGAUUUGAGCUACACAAUCUGUCAUAAGACGGAGUACAUCAAGAAAACGCUCAAGCCACGAUGGAAGUCAUUUAACAUCAUGUUGAGAACGCUGUGCAACGCAGAUAAACACAGGACGAUCAAGGUGGAGUGCUUUGAUUGGAACCGAAAUGGCAGCCACAGUUUGAUUGGCACGUUUGAAACCAGCGUGAGUGAACUGGCAAAGGGGCCUGGUCAGUCCAAUGUUUAUCCGUUGAUCCAUUCCAAGAAGCAAGCCAAGAAGAAAGGUUAUCGUGACUCUGGUCUGAUCACUCUCAUGAGCUGUAAGAUUGAACCACAGUUCACUUUCUUGGAUUACAUCCGGGGAGGUUGCCAACUUGCCUUCACUGUCGCUAUAGAUUUCACUGCCUCCAAUGGUGAUCCUAGACAGCCUACCUCCCUUCAUUACGUCAAUCCUUACCAGCCGAACGCUUACUUGAGAGCAUUGAGGGCAGUUGGUGAGGUCAUUCAGGACUAUGAUCAUGAUAAACUCUUCCCAGCCCUCGGCUUUGGUGCUAGACUCCCACCAACCCGUCAAGUCCAACAUGAGUUCUUCUUGAACGGCGAUCCAGCUGAUCCCAUGUGUGUUGGCAUAGAAGGCGUAGUGGCAGCUUACCAACAAGCUUUAGUAACUGUGGAGCUGUACGGCCCCACGCUGUUCGCACCAAUCAUCAACCACGUGGCAAGAUUUGCCAAUGCCAAGCAAGAUGGUUCCGAGUACUUCAUCCUGCUCAUCAUAACCGAUGGAUGCAUCUGUGACAUGGCCAACACAAAGGAAGCCAUUGUCAAUGCAGCACAGCUUCCCAUGUCUAUCAUAAUAGUCGGCGUGGGUAAAGAAGACUUCUCAAAUAUGGAGGAGUUGGAUGGGGAUGAGGUCCGCGUUUCCUCUAGAGGGCGCUUUGCUGAGAGAGACAUCGUACAGUUUGUUCCUUUCCGAGAGUUUGAGGGGGAAGGCAACCGCAUCUUGAGCCAGGCCCGUCUCGCCAAGGAAGUCUUGUACGAGAUUCCGGAUCAGAUUACGUCUUACAUGAGGAGCAAAAAUAUUGUCCCUGGUAAUCCACCCUCACCGAGCCUCACUAGUUAUCAGAGCUUCAGAAAUUGAAAAGUGGAGUGAACAGGAUUGCCUUAAAGACAUAAAGAAUCAUAAAUUUGCAUUUAUCUCACUUGAUAAUUAUUAUCAAAAAGUUUACUUGGAUCAAAGAUCCUAUUGGUGUUAAACUCCCUGAAAGUAUUCUUGAAAUUUAUAAACUGGGAGAAAAUUCUGGGGAAGUUGUUCGGAAUCCUGCAACUAAUACCCCGAUACAAUGGGUCCUUUGCAGAUAAUUUUGUCUGCAGUAUACCUGUUAAACGGUGACUCCGAACCAUUCUGAGCGAUUGUUAUUGGUUUUAGGAUUAUUAAAUACUUGUUAUGGUAUAUGUUGCGACUGGUUGAAAAUGUCCAGUAUAAUGAAACCUUUAUGUGAAGGGGAAUCAGAAUGAUAUCUCAAUUAAUUUUGCCAAAAAAUUGAAAUAAAGUGCAAAAUGAAAAUGGCAAUAAUUAUGUACAGCUUUAAUUAAAUUUUGUUUUGAUGAAAAUUAAUGAAACUCAU